GAAAAAAGCACAAGAAUGUGGCAGCAGCAUCAUCAACUCAAGAAUGAAAAGCAAAGCAUAUUCACUAUUUCAGUCUUAAACUCUCGCGCAUAAGCUAAACUAAGCAAAACUACUCCAGAUUCUUUCAGAAGAUUAAAGAAACAAAGAAAAUGCAGCACAACCAAAAUGUCGAUAUUGACCAUCAGCUCCCCGAAAUCAAAAUCCACCACCCCUCCGCCGCAUCCGCCGCAUCCACCCCGACGCCCACUGCCGGCGCUCGCCGCAAGAUCGGUGUAGCGGUCGACCUCUCCGAUGAGAGCGCCCACGCCGUCCGCUGGGCGGUCCACCACUACAUCCGCCCUGGAGACGCCGUCGUGCUCCUCCACGUCAGCCCUACCAACGUCCUAUUCGGCGCCGAUUGGGGCUCCAUCGACCUCUCCAUCAACACUGAUCCUGUCUCCGAGGAGGAGGCCGUCGCUGCCGCUAACCAAGGAAGCGGAGACAAUCGCCGGAAGCUUGAGGACGACUUCGACGCGUUCACGGCGUCGAAGGCAGCGGAUCUGGCUCGGCCGCUUAGGGAGGCUCAGAUUCCUUACAAGAUCCACAUUGUGAAGGAUCAUGACAUGAAGGAGAGACUGUGUCUCGAGGUUGAGCGGUUAGGGCUCAGCGCCGUCAUCAUGGGAAGCAGGGGAUUUGGCGCCGUCAGGCGCGGCAGCGACGGCAAGCUUGGCAGCGUCAGUGAUUACUGUGUUCAUCACUGCGUCUGUCCUGUCGUCGUUGUGCGGUAUCCUGAUGAUAAAGAUGCUGAGGUUGCUGGUAACGCUGCUGCUGGAAGCGGUGCUCCUGCUGCGGUUGUGGCGGUUAAGGAAGGCGAGGAUGGCGAGGCGGUGAUCAAGCCGGUUCCGCAUGAACAUAAAAAAGAGGAUUAGCUGGAGCCAAGUAAUUGCUUGAUCCUGUCUCGAGAAUGUAUCAUCUGAUUCUAGAAGGGAUUCACAAAACGUUUGUGGAGUGCUCUCUUUCUUUUCCUGUCACCUUGUGCUUAGAACAUAUCCUGCAUAUGAACUCUGGAAAAGAUUAAGGACAGCUUCGUUGUGCUUGUUGUGAUCUUGGUUGGUUUAGGCUUAGAGGAUUUGUUUUCUCUUCCGAAACGGUAUAUACUCGCUGAUGUUGUAGAUGUAAAAUGUCUCUGCCUUUGAACACUUUAUGGGUAAUUGUUCUCAAUCUGCAUGUGGGAUAUCAUACUAUAUAAUAUAAUGAGUACUCCCUAUUUAGCUAGAUUA